AUGAACUUCAUUAAGGCAGAAGAAAAGGACAAGUGCGCGGAGGAACAGGGGGUAAAGCUAUUCUACCUCAAGUCCUGCAAGGAAAAAGAAUACGAGCUGCACAUGGAUGUUUGUCAAGCCAUUGUAGAAGAUUGCCCUUUGCUGGAAGUGUAUGUGGUUAGUCGAGGGGACGGAAGCAGUGAAAGCGGAGCAUUUGAACUGUAUGAUAAUGGCCAGCUUAUAAAAAAAUUUACCAAUUGCAAUGUCUCCACGGUUACGUCUUUCAUUAGGAAGUAUGCCCAGAAGGGGGGCUCCUCUCCGAUGGAGGCUACCCAAAGUGGUGAACUUAACUCCACAGGCAAAACAGAUACGGUGAAAAAGAUUGAGCACUUGAUAGGGAGCAACAAAAUCAUUCUCUUCAUGAAGGGAAGCAAGACCUUCCCCCAGUGUAAAUUUAGCAACGCCGUUGUGUUUAUGCUAAACAGCUGCAAGGUAAAGUACACCACAUAUGACAUUUUACAGGACGAGGACGUUCGUAGCGAGCUGAAGAUUUAUUCUAAUUGGCCCACCUACCCGCAGCUCUACAUCAACGCGGAGCUGAUUGGCGGCCACGACAUUAUCAAGAGCAUGUACGAUAGCGGCGAGCUGCGCGACGUGGUGCCGCAGGACUGCUUCGAGGGCUGA